AUGGCGCGGGAAGCCAUGGACGGCUUCUUGCUGAAGGGCAACGAGUUGAUAGUGAAAAGCCCAAUGACAGAAGAGGAAAGAUCUCUUUGGAAAGAAACCCGAGAGGCCAUUGCCAGCGGGACCGACAGACUCAUUCGCCUCAAACGCAACAAACUGCCCCAGGGUUUAGGGUUUGGGGGCGGUGCAUGUGAGCAGGAGGCAAAGGGGCUGUUUGGAACGGCGCCAUUUCAGAAAGAUACCCAAGAAGCCAUUCAGGCCUCUCACCCCGACGACAUAAUAAACCAAGGCCGAGUUGUCCGCGUCACAAAUCUCCCAGAAAACUUUGCUGAAGAAGAUGUUAAACAAAUAAUGGAAGUGUUUGGGCCUAUAAUGGCAAUAAAUUUGUUUUCGCAUUUGGGAGAAGUUUUAAUUCAUUUUUAUCAAAAAGAAGAUGCAGCAAGAGCCAUUAGUACCAUGGAUGGCUUUCUUGUAGCAAGUUAG